AUGUUAAGGCGGCUAGUCUACGCCUGGCUGGCACUUGUUGGAUUGGCCGGGAUACUCGAAGGUAGUUUCUUUCCUCUUAUGGUUACUGUAACGACACUCCCUACUUUUUAUUGCGCUGUUUACUAAUUGCCGUGGCUUAUUUAAGACCGUGAAGUUGUCUGUUCAUCAGACAAGAUAGUUGUAAACCUCAGCUUUGCCCGGCCUUUCAAAGGUGUGGUAUUUGCCAAGGACCGAUAUCUUGAUAAUGAAUGCCGAUGGCUUGGGAAUGGCGGUCAUUAUUUGCUUGUUACAGUGCCUUUAAACUACAAAAACUCAACUAAUAAAGGAGAAGGGUUUUGCGGAUUACAAUUUAAUGCGGUAAGUUUGUUUUUGCUGCUCUGUAUUCAAAGAUGGCUGGCAAUGAGUUUUAAUAAAAUAAUUUAGAAAACAGGAGAGCACUCAAUAUCGUUGAUCAUCAGUCCAGAUCCAGUAAUUCUGACAGAUGAAAGUGUUGCACUUUUAACUCAUUGUGUCCAGACUAUGGAGGAUUUCGUGAUCACUUUGGAGCCUCCAAAGAACGAAGGGGCUUUUAAAGUUGCGUAAGUUCUGAUGAUUUAGAAACAUUCUCUUUUUCUAUAAUAAUAUUAUUAUACAUCUUUUUGACUAUUUGCAGUCGAAAUGAGGCGAUGACUGUGACUGGGAAUGCAGAGAAAACUCCGUCUUUAUCUUUGAGAGUCCUGGGAGAUCAUGGAUAUAAAGGGGAUGUUAUAACCGAGGGAUUUGUGGGACAGAGGAUCACAUUGGAUGCCAGGUUGGAGGAAUCUUGUAAGCUGCAUAUUUUGCCGUGGCAUUUCAUUUCCUACUGCAGUAUUAUUCUCGAUUUGGCCCUUAUAAGCUUCACAUAUAAUGUUUCCAGCCAUUUUCGACAUGUUUGUUCAUGAUUGCGUUGCUCAUGAUGGAACCAACAAUGCCGAUGCCACAGUUCCCAUUAUUGAUGCUAAUGGAUGCGCAGUUAAAUUGCUGAGAGCAAUAGACCCUCCGGUCUUUUCCUCAUCGCCUAUGAAGAAUAUGGCGAAACACACUUAUAUCCAUCUUUAUGGAUUCCAAUUUACAAGUGCGGAUACUGUACAUUUUGAGUGUAAAAUUACAACUUGUCUGAAUGAAUGUCCAAUGAAGGUAAGCGGGGAUUAGCUCAUCCGUUUUACCAGUAGUUUAAUAAUCUAACAAAUGUUUUCCAGCAAUGUCCCGACGAAGGAUUAUCAACGGUCACUUCGGUGGGGCAAAAGCUAAAGACAUCAACGGUAAAAACUCUUUUGCAAAUGAAUCCACAAUCCUCCCACUCACAUUGUAAGUCGUUCUUAGUACUUCCAUUGUUCGUUUAGCUCAAGCGAUGGAAAUGAAUGACAAAAAAGAAUGCCUAGAACCGUCAACAGCAGCGUUCGUAUGUCUGGGUACGGUUGUUGUGUUCUUUCUCCUGGCCUACUUUACGAAGAAACUUAUCAGGUCUUACAAUCAGUUUGUAACGGAGAAACGAUAG